UGUGCAGCUGUGUAUGUUUUAUUUAUUUAAUUUUUUUUUUUACAAUAAUUUUCAAUACUUUAAUAAGUUGUCUUUGUGUAUAACUGUGUGUGUAUUACAUGCACAUUACAUGUGCAUACACAUACGUAAAGUGUAUACGCUACUCGAUUUGUAUUUUGUAGUAAAAAAAAUUUAUAAAAUAUAUAAUAAUUUUAUUAUUUUUCAUUAAUAAAAUUGAAUAUUAUUUUCUUUAACAAUUGAGAUAUUGUAAUAUAUUAUUUGAUGGAUAUUUUGUGAGUGUUAUUGAUCUGAGAUUAAUUUAUUUAAACACGAGACAAAAUUGGAAAAUGCGACAUUAUUGAUGGUGUCGUUUAAUUUGAUUGAUAUAUUAAAAAAUAAAAACUUGAAUAAUCUACAAUAAUCUUUUUAAGAUUUUAGAUUUUAUAAAUAAUUUAAUAAAUUAUUAUAUUGGUAGCUGUACAAUUUAUAUGAAUUAUUAAAUUAAUUUUUCAUGUUAAUGAAAGUUGAUAUUUCAUUGGAAUUACUAAGAUAUGAAAAUGGAGGAUCAUGUAACCAACACACAAUUUUUUAGACAAUCUUGGACAAUCUGUUAGUUAAUUUUGAUAUUUAUUUAAAAUUAAUAACAAUUAUAAAUUAAUUUAAUCAACAAUCAAUUAUUUAAAAAGAAUAAAAUGAAAAAAUCUUGACGUUUUUACGUCAAUCACAAAGCAGUUAAACAUACUUGAAAACAAAAGAAAAUUGGAGAAAAAAAGAAAGGAAAAAUUAAUUUUGUAUUGAUUACAAUAAAAUAAAAUAAUAUUAAAAAUGGAAAAUCCAAUAAAUGUUGAUGAGACAAUAUCACAAACAACAAAAGAACCAAUUAAAAAUGAAAGCAAAGCAGCACGUUCAAGUUCUGGUGAUCGUAGUGAUGAUGGUUCUGGUUCACCACCACCAAAUUGUUCAAUUUGUCUUGGUAAAUUAAUAAACACAUCAUUUACUGAUAGUUGUUUUCAUCAAUUUUGUUUUACUUGUUUAUUACAAUGGUCAAAAAUAAAAACUGAAUGUCCACUAUGUAAACAAACAUUUAAAUCAAUAAUUCAUAAUGUCAGAGGUGAAAGAGAUUAUGAUCAAUAUCAUGUACCACGUGAUGUACCACAAGCAAUAUCACAACAAUUUCCACCAACAGCAACAGUUGAUGUUAAUUUAGAAAUUGUUAGAGGUCCACAUUAUGAUUAUGGUGGUUAUCCACAUAGAUUAGCAUAUAGAACAACAAUGACAACACCAAAUCAACGUCGUUAUAGAAUGUUAUUAAAUCCAAGUGUAUCACGUCCAGAAACAGUUGCAAAUAUUGCACAACAAGUAUCAAUUGAAGAACGACGUCGUAGAUCAGAACAUCCAAUAACAUAUCGUCGUAAUGUUUAUAGAAAUGGACAAUGGUCUGCUGAAUUAGCAUCAGCAUACCAAAGACCACUUGAACAUAGUGCUGAAUAUUUUCGUCGUAAUCCAUGUGAACUUGAACGUCUUAUACCAUGGAUUAAUCGUGAUUUACAAAUAUUAUUAAAUGCAAAUGAUCCACGUAUUGCAUAUGUAUUAGAUGUUAUACUUGAUGCAUUAAAAGAAUAUGAUUUACGUAGUGCUGAAUUACGUGAUAGAUUACGUGAAUUUUUUUCAAUUCAUACUGAUCAUUUUAUUCAUGAAUUAAUGAAUUUUGCACAAACUGGUAUUGAUCUUGCUACAUAUGAUAAUUUUAUAACAUAUCCACCACCAAAUAGUUUAACAAAUAGUUAUGUUAAUACAUUACAAUCACCAGUAUUAUCAGAUAAUAGUAGUACAGCAUCUGAUGAUUCAGAUGUACGUGUUGUUGAUGAAAUUGAUAGUAUGUCUAUUAAUAAUACAAACAACAAUAACAACAACAACAACAAUUUUAAUAAUAUUAAUAUGAAUAAUUAUCCAUUACUUGCUACGCAUACAAUUGAUAUGCCUGGACCAAGUACAGUUAGCCAAACAUUCCAAAUGCCAAUUGUUAAUUCUGUACGUUCAUUAAGACAUAUACCAUCACCAGAUAUAUUGACAAUAUCAUCAAGUUCAUCUAGUGAUGAAAAUGAUUGUGAAUUUGUUGGAUAUAUCAAGCCAAGACAUGAAAGAACACCUGAAAUUAUUGAAUUAAUGUCAUCAGAUGGUGAUGAUAAUGGUGAUAAUGAUCAUGCUGCUGGUGGUGCUGCUGGUGGUACUGCUGGUGCUAGUGGUGGUGGUGGUGCUGGUGCUAGUAUUAGUGUUGACAAUUUUAAUGAAGAUAAUGAUGAUCUUAAUAAUAUUGAAAUUAUUAAUACAAAUGAUAAUAAUAGCUUUACACCAAUAUCAACAAGUUUAGAUUUAUUAGAACCAAAACCAGGUACAUCACAUGAUUUUAAUUAUGAUGAUGAUGAUGAUGAUAAUAGUAAUAGACGUACAAGAAGAACUAGAAGAAAAAAAACAUUAAUUCAAAAUAUUUCAUAUGAUUUAUCAACAAAUGAAUCAUCAAGUGAAUCAGAAAGUGAUUCAGACAGUGAUUAUGGUGAAAAAAAAAAAAAAACAUGUAAAAGUAAAAGAAAAUUAACUAAAACAAAUAAAAACAAUUUAAAAAAAAAAUCAACAACAUCAACAUCAAAAAAUAUGAAAAAAAAAAAAGUUAAAACAAGAUUUAAAAAAGUUGAUUCAGCAACAAGUUCAAAUGAUAAUGAUGAUAAAAUUGGGGGUGAAAAUAAUACAAAAACUAUAGCAUCAGUUGUUGUUAAAGUUAAUGAUAAUAGUAAUGAUAAUAGUAAUAAUAAUAAUAAUAAUCAUACUGAAGAUUCUGAUAGUAGUACAAGUUUUAGUGAAAGUUCAAGUUGGAGUUUAUCAUCAAGUAGAUCAAGCAGUAAAAAUACAUAUAAUAAUGAUAAAAAUAAUAAAAAACGUAAAAAAAAAUUAACAUCUAAAACAAAUAAACGUGGAAAAUAUUUAACAAAGACCAAAAAAAAUAAUGAUAAAACAAAAAAUAAAAAAAAUAAUAAUUGUCCACCAGUAUCAACUGUACUUAGAAAAAAAACUGAUAAAAAUAAUGAAUGGUAUGUUGAUAAACAAAGAUUUAAUUGUAUUUAUUCAUCAAAUACAAGUGAUGAUGAUGAUGAUGAUGAUGAUAAAGGUGAAGAUGGUACAUCAUUUAUAAAUAAAAGUAGUAGUAUUAAAAAAGAAGAAAAUUAUAAAUGGAAUGAUAAUUUUAAUGAUGGUAUUGGAUCAAAUGAUGAGCUUGCGUCAUCACGUAAUAAAACAGAUGAUGAUACUGAAUUAACAAGCCAAAUGGAUGUGUGUUCAGAUACAAAUAAUUCAAAUAAAUAUAAAUCAAAAUACCAUGAUAAAUAUAAAAAAAUAUAUCAUGAUAUUGAUCAACCAUGCACGUCAUCACAAUCAUUGACAUCAUGCACAUCAUCAUUGUCAUCAUUUAAAUAUUCAGAUGAUAAAAAAUCAUCAUCUGAUAAACGUCAUAAAUCUCAUAAAAAGUACAAAUCAUCAAAACGUGGUAAAAAUAAAAAAGAUUCUAAAAAACAUAGAUCAUCAUCGUCAUCAUCAUCUAGUGAAUCUUUUACAAAUUAAAAUUUUGAAAGAUUUAUUAUGAAAAAAAAAAUAAUUAAAUAACAAUUUUUAAAUGAGAUAGAGACUCUUGUAUGAUAAUUCAAAUUUUCUACAUUUAUUUUUUCUUUUUUCAUUCGACAUUUUACGACAAAAUUUCAGUGAACCAUUUCAAUUAAAUUUAAAUAAUUAUAAAUUUUUUUAUUUCAUAAUAAUGGCUACAUUGUUAGAAUAUGUAUAUUUUUUUUUUUGUAAUAAUUAUUAUCAUUUUCAAAUGUUACAUUAUGUAAAUUCGAAUAAUCCGGUUUUUUUUGUUUUUGUUUUUUUUUUGUCAUAAUGGAAAACUUUUUUUUUUUUUAUGCUUAAAUAUAAAAAUAAUAAUUGAAAUUAAUGUAAUUAUUAUAAUUUGAUAUUAUUUAAUAAUAUUUAAAAUUAAUUUACAAUAAAAUUAAGUGUAUCGUUUAAUUUUAGGUUUAGAAAAAGUUGUAAAAAUGUGAAAUAAUCAAAAUAUGUUUACAAUAAUUAUUCUUGUUUUAUUUAAACCAUUAUUAUUAAUAUUAUUACUAUUAUUAUUAUAUAUUUAAUAUAAC